AUGAAGCUGAGCUGUGCAGCCGGCCUAGCAGAAGAAUGGGAUGCUGUCCAGAGGGACCUGGGCAAACUUGAGGACCUCAUAAAGUACAACAAGUCCAAGUGCAAAGUACUGCACAUGGGUGAGAAGCCAGGGACGGAGCAAGAUGAAGUUAAGCUGCAGAUUGCCAGCAAGCAGAUUGUGCAGACUGCUAUCCUCCGAGCAGUGCAACAAGUUUCCCAGGAGAGCCAGCAAAAGGAGAAGCGAACAAACACCGCUACAAGCCUCCAACUAGAAAGAGGAAAACUUACCAAGAAGCAUGAAAAGAAGUAA